AUGGAUGACAACGGUGACCUGCAUAUUAAUGGUGAUACGUUCCAGCUGAUCAUGCAGAACGCCGACGUGCUAGAAACUCUUCGAGAGUGUGGGACCGACGUCGACGGGCUCUUGAUGUUGACCGAGGUCUUGUUUCCUACUGAAGACUCCGUGAUUACAUAUCAAGAAUUUUUCUCUGUCAUCGUGCGCCUCCGUAAGGGAAAGCCCGUGAGCAUGUCUGAGGUCAUCGGGCUUCAGGAGUUCAUGAAAGCGAAGAUGGAUCAGCUCGAUGAGAGUAUUCGAGACGGAAUGCAAUUGGAGAGCAGAGAGGCGUCAAGGGUUGGCAGCGUCGUUGACGCAGAUAGAGUGCGUCGCAGGGUCACGCAGUUGCCCGCAGAGGUACGCCCCGAGGAUCGAAUGUCUGUGAUGACUCCUGUUCGAGAAAGCGCGAAUUCUUCGAAAUCUCCACACACUCCAGAUAGUCUAUCGCUACUCAAGCCUCAGUCCCAGGCAGACAAGAUACGCAAGAAUUGGAUCAGCAACUUGGGAGAUUCUCGGCAGCGCUCCUUCUGA